AUGGAGAAACAUGAUCUUGGUGCUGUACCAUGGGAACCUUACAAGGCGGCAACUUCAGCUUCUGUGAAAGGAAUUCGUCCUGCUUUUUUGCCCCCUCUAAUAAAGUAUAAGAUUGCGAAACAUGUUCCUCAACUUACUCCACUUAAGAAUAUAAUGAGUUCAGAUGGUGCUCAGAAAACUGUAUUAGAAGCAGUUUACAUGUGGCGCUUGUUAAAACGAGUGUCCAAGCAAGAAAGUUUUUGUGUAGGAAUCGGAGAUGCUAAAAUUUGUGAUUUAUCAAGAAUACGGCCAGCUGGGGAUGGGAAAGAAUCUUCAGCUAAUUUGAAUGAAACUAAGGGACAAGAAAAGUGCGAUGUAGGUGAUGUGAACGAGAUUAAUAAAUUGAAAAAAGACCUCGAGCUUGAAAGACAUAUAACGGAAGAAUUGAAACGCUUACUAGUUGCUACAAUGGGUGAUGAUUUGACGUGUCAUGUACAUUCACUUACUGAAGAUAAGAUUCGUCUUGCUCAUACUAUGGAGAGUUUCGAGAAACAGGUGACACGAGACCACGAUCGAGCAGAUAAUUUUGCUAUAUUAGCAGACGUUUGGCGUUGUAAAUUCCUUGCAAUGAGUAUUCAGGCUGAUGAAUUACGUGUUCAACAAAAUCGUCUGCUCAAUUACUGCAAGCAAAUGCGAAUAUUACUUGAAAAAUUUGUCGAUGUAAACCAAAGUAUCUUUCGCGGAGAGCCGUCAUCCAUGAUUUUGGAUUCAUUAAUCAAAAAGGCUUGUGAAGUGAUGAAAGUCGAGCUAUCGACAUUUUUUAAACGUUCACCUUGCGAUGGAAAAGUUUACCACCCGGAUCCACUGACAUCGAAUAUUACUAUUACUUGUUGUAAGCAGUGUCACAAUAAGGAAAUUAAGUUGAUUUAG